AUGGCCACCGAAACCCUAGAAGACUCCAAGCCUCCGCUCCACAACGCCAAAUCGCCACCGGCCUCCGAGAUUCCGAAGAAGGAGGCUUCAGCGAAGCGGGGUUUGCCCUUGAGGGUGAGGGACUUGACGCGAGUGAAACGCGAGGUCGCACGGUGGAUCGGUGAAACUCGUUUUUGUGAUGAGUUUAGUCGCCUUUAUGGAAUCUCGUUAAACAAAAAUGACUCGGUAGAAGAAAUGUAUGGGGAUGGUUCAAAGUGGCGGUGGAGUUGGAGGCGCCCACUUUUUGCAUGGGAAGAGGAAAAGUUGGUUGAGUUGGCUAAUAGGUUGGCCUCGGUAGUUUUGACAGAGGCUCACCCAGAUGAAUGGCGUUGGUUAGCCGAAAGGUCAGGGAAAUAUUCGGUGGCAUCUGCUUAUAAGAUUUUAGCAAAGUCAAACCUUGUUCAAGUGGACACUUUUUAUGAUACGAUAUGGGUCAAAGGUAUCCCUCCUAAGGUUCAAGUUUUAGUGUGGCAGUUGGAAGCGGACAGGUUACCUACCCAGGAUAACCUCCUUUUGAGAGGGGUUACUCUAGAAGGACAAAAUGGUUGUGUUUUUUGCGAAGAAGGCUUGGAGUCCAGCAAGCAUUUGUUCCUCUUGUGUCCAAAGGCUUAUGCUGUUUGGGUCAGAUUAUACGCUUGGUGGGGAGUGUCAGGGGUGCUUAUCAACGAACUUAGGAGUUUUUGUCAUCAAUAUAUGGGAUUGGUGAGUGGCAAUAAGGGUAUUAAGCGAGUUUGGUCCUUUGUUUGGUUUGCAGGUAUAUGGCAGUUAUGGAAGGCUCGAAAUGAGAACAUUUUUAAAGACAAACUCUUUAAGGUGGAAGAGAUCGUGUUCAUGGCACAGUUGAGAUCGUGGGAGUGGUGUACGGCUGCUAGAAUGGUGUCUUCUUCUUUUCCAGAAUGGUUGAUGAACCCAUUGUCCUGUGCAAGUGUCCCUUAA